AUGUCAUACUCAAUGAUAGUAGGCUUACUCUCGCCAGUUGUUGAUACUGCACAGGGCCCGACCGACCCAGAAUUUUUCCAGUAUCGAUCGCCGCCGCUCAACGAUCAGGAACAGAACAUUUGCAAUAGUCAGAAGAUUCGAAGCUCGACGCACACAUCUUUCAGCUGCUUCGGCCUUUACUUCACCUUCACCACGGGCGUUCUCAUCAUCAUCACGUCCUACAUCCUAGAGCCGAUCCUCAACCGCCUUCAUAAGCGCCGACAGCACAAGUCAUACGCCCACCUGGAAUGGAUCAGCAACAACAGCCUACAGCUACACCGUAUGGCACACGAACAGCUCAUGGGGCAGAAAUGGGCCAACUGCGCCGAUGACAUCCCAACUACAGACCCGGAACUCUCCUUAGCGAAUCUUGACAUCUCGAAUCCAGAACACCCGGUUCUUCGCAGGCCUGAGGCACCGAAGGGGAAUACCAAGACUGUAGAACCAAGACUCGUUGCGGCAGACCCUUCCUCUCCGACCGGGGCAUCUUUGCAUUCGGACAGCGCGGUCCCCUUGAGUGGUCGUAGCUCGACGUCGACGACGACCUCCGCAUCGGACGGGUCCUGGGGACAUAAUGCCCAAACAGCUAUAAUGAACGUGAGCGGUCAGUUGACUAUUGAAGAGGCUGAUGAUGCGGACGCGACAAGAGACACGAUGGAUUCUGCGGACAUAGGAGGCCAGGCGGAAACGGCCUCAUGA